AUGGCGCCGCUCCCCAAAUCAACCGCCCGCCGGCACACCGUCCUGCUGCUGUGCCUCUUCUCGUCGCUGCUCGUCAGCUUCGCCCUCUUCACGUACUUUAUGCUCCUGCCCUUGUCGCAGUUCACGACGCACCACCACGCCAGCAACAAGUCGUACGUGCCCGCGGAUCUGGGCGCGCUCACCACGAGCGCCAAGACGGUAGAGUUUGCCCGCCACGACGCAUACCAGAGCCUCGGCCGCGAGCACGACCACCUGUGGCGCGACGACCUGCUGCCCCCCAACGGAGGAUACUUGACGCUCGCCCACGCGCCCAACGACACGGCCAAGCUCGGCGUGGCCAUGUUCCACCAGCUGCGGUGUCUGGCCGCCAUCCGGUCCGAGAUGCAGCGUCUGCAUGAGCAUGGGUCCGGGGACCCGGCGCACCGAGAUCAAGAUCGGGAUCGUGCAUUAGCUUGCUUUGACUACUUGCGACAGUCGCUCUUGUGCCACGCCGACGCGACGAUUGAGGCCGACAGCGGGACAGACUUGACUGAUGGCAUGGGCGAGCGGCAAUGCAAGGAUUGGAAUAUUCUGUACAAGGCGUCGACGAGGUCGGAUGACGAGCCUGUCACGCCCGACGAUUUGCGCUGA